AUGCUCAGAAGGAUAGUGCGUAAACAAAUUGUUCAUUCUCAUCGGUUUUAGAAGAGUUGUCGCUGAAACAGCAACCAUUUGCGCACGCUUUAAAAAGGCAAAUCCAAUAGUCAUUGAAAAUUUAACACGAUUUGGUUUGCCAUAUGGAAUAAAGACCGAAAUAAAAGAAGAGAGAAGUGACUACUACGAACCGAACAAAUACACAAAUCACCAAGGGAAAUUGUGUUGUUUAUUAUCUUUAUUUAGAAAGGCGAGAAGUGGAGGGUGCGCAAAAAGGCGAGAAGUAGACGGAGCGCAAAAAGGCGAGAAGUGGAGGCUGCGCGAAAAGACGAGAAGUGGAUGGUGCGCAAAAAGGCGAGAAGUGGACGGGUGCGCAAAAAGGCGAGAAGUGGACGGUGCGCUAAAAGGCGAGAAUUGAAGGGUGCGCGAAAAGACGAGAAGUGGAUGGUGCGCAAAAAGGCGAGAAGUGGACGGUGCGCAAAAAGGCGACAAGUGGACGGUGCGUAAAAAGACGAGAAGUGGAUGGUGCGCGAAAAAAAAAAGUGUUUUAUAAGCAAUUUCUUAUUGAUCCAAAUCGCUUUCCAAUCAAAUAACCAAAAUCUGGGAUCUAUCCGAAAGUUAUUUGAAAGCACUGAAGGGUUGAGUUGUUUGAAAGGACGGAGAAUACAUCAGUUGUUGAUUACUCGAGGUUCCUGAGUAAAUCGGCGUUUUGUGUCGUUGAGGUUUCUUGAUAAACCAGGACGGAUUUGCAAUCUUGUAGUCGAUCCUUCAUUCUCUUUAGUCAAUCUUCGUAUCAUGUACAAAACUCAAUGUAGAAGUCGGGAUGCUUCGGUCUCAAAAAGGAUUUCGCCACCAUUGCGAAUGGAGGGGUAGCGAUGAGUACCUCGAAAUAAUAAAUAAAUACAUAAAUUUCGCAAAGUCUAGAAAUCUCGGCGUUUUUAAUGCAAGUCUCGAAGUCUCUUUUUUUUGUUUUUUGUUUUCAAAAUUUUAGGGUCCGGGGCCUCAAUUUUUUACCACGGUCUCGAAGUCUCUGAAUUUUAAAUGCGACCUCGGAGUCUUUGAUUUUGUUAUACGCUAUCUGUUUUAUGUUGUCCCAUGCUACGGGUUUCCCCUUGUACCAAGAUUGUAUUGUAAUUCUUUGUAUUCUUAUUCUUUUUCCAACUGAUGUUUAUGACCUACCUCUAGCAAGUUAUCCGAAACUAGCUUGGGCUCGGAUUCCGAAAUUUGACAAGAGUCUCGGGCUCGGAUUCCGAAACGCGGGUCUCCGCGCCUCGGCAAGUUUUGGAUUUACCCAUCGCUACCCCUAAAUGGCGGUCGCACUGCUAUGAUCGACUAAAAGACCACAGGUAAAAAAGGGGGCGGAGCGAUCCCUUGUAUAGUGCGUGGGCCAGCUGUGAUUAUUUGGGAAUGACGGAAAACACUCGCAUCACACCUGUUUCCCCGACAUUUUUGAAGUAGAUUCAUGCUGCGUUUGCAAGCGAGGGAGACCAAUACAUGCGGACGGGCGUGCCCCUGUCGCGGCAAGGAGUGCCGGGUAACGAUUAAUAACGAUUCAAAUUAACCACCUACCAAUUAGUAGUAUCAUUUUAAGUUUCUAGAGUAUGGCGAGCUUUCUCUCGCCUCUUUUCCUACUUUUGUGUUUUUUCACGAUUGUAAUGUUGCAAGGCCUAGAGGACUUCUCAAGAGAUGCCGUCUUCACAGCGACUGAAGGUGAAUACUUGGACCUCCUUGUCAUCAAGACCGUGACCGCCCCUCGUCCUUUCGACUGCAACCUUUACUGCCUGGCCGAACCUGACUGUCAAUCAACCAACUACCAUCCACUAACGCGGAUGUGUGAGCUGUGUAACCACACUUUCACCUCCAGGCCUGGCUGCAAAGUCCACAAACCAGGCUACAUCCACUUCGACUCUGAAAAGGGAUCACUCCCUCCCGACCCAUGCAGUAAUGUGACGUGUAAGAAUGGUGGAACGUGCAACUUGACAUGCGCAGAAAAUAUUGAAUGGUUGUGUGCUUGUCAACCAAAUACUACCGGCAUGCUCUGCGAGCACUUCACAGGGAACGCUACUCCUUCCACAUGCAAAGAAGUUUAUGACAGAGGAUUAAAAAAAGACGCCGUCUACAUCCUGAGCAUGGAGGACAAAAGCGUAGAGAUCUACUGCCAUAUGACAGUGAUUGACGGCUGUGGCGAUGGGGGAUGGACGCUGGCCAUGAAAGUCGACGGUGCAAAGGCCACGUUCCUGUACGAGUCUUCACUCUGGACCAACAAGCUCGCCUACAACCCCUCGGCCGGUCUGACGGGCUUCGAUAACCAAGAGACCAAGCUCCCCAGCUACUGGGCCACGCCCUUCACCAAGAUCUGCAUCGGGUUCAAGGUCGGGGACAACCUGAAGUCCAUGACGAUCUUCUACACGGCUACGUCACUCUAUGACGUCAUCGCUGACGGAAUCUACAGAGGGACCACCCCUAUAGUGAAGACCUCUUGGAAGGCACUGAUCGCGGGCUCGUCUAUGCAGGCAAACUGUAAUCAAGACGGGUUUAACGUGGGCGGUAGAGUGCGUGUAGGGUUGGUUAGUAACGAACAAAACGACUGUGGUUCUGUUGACAGCAUGGUGGGUAUUGGGGGAAACUCUUAUCUUCCUAGCGCUGCUGGAAAUAUCUGCAAAUAUUGUUGCUGCGACAACGGCUACCGUAAUAUCAAAGCUAUAGGCUAUUUAUUACUUAAGUAAUUCACACCACCUACACAAUAAUAUAUUGAACCCGUAAUUUCCUACAUUUCUCUCAUGGCGGACAGGACACAAUAGGUUAAUAAGAUCAUCAAGAGGUUCGUAAGUAGCCGGGAUAAUUUGUCAUUUAUUGACAACUCCAAGAUAACAACAAAUAUGCUAAAUAGAAGUGGGCUCCAUCUUAAUCAGAGGCAGCAAAGCUUUAGCUAAAAACUUUUUAUCGCACUUGAAUAGAAAUUGUUCUUAUGUUGUUGGUAGUCUAGCGCAUCAACAUGGCGAAUUUUGUCCGGAUUGGACCUCUGAGUUCUAUGUAAGAGGCUCUAAAAUGACCAGCUUAAAUGUUACCAGCUUAUUAUACCAUACUAAGAGCUCUAAUGGUUGAUCAAUGUUUUGACGUACUCGCAAUAAAUGAGACUAGACUCGACUCAUCCAUUCCGGAAAAUUUUAAUUCAUAUUGAUGGCUAUUCAGUUCUAAGGAAAGAAAUCGUAAAAGAGGCGGUGUAUGUAUUUAUCUACGUUCUAACAUAGACCAGCGUUUUCGAAACGAUUUAGCUAUUGACAGCGAUCUUGAAAUUCUAUCAGUUGACAUUUGAAAACCAAACAGCAAAUAAUUUAAUAUUAUUGUGGUUUAUAGGCCCCCAGCAAAUAGCUCUGAGUUUUUUUUUUUUUUGAUAAGCUAGAAUCUAUUAUUUACGUAUCGCAUUUGAUUUACCAAUUCAAUCAAUUAAUUUCUGGACCCACAAGAAUUACCCCUUCAACAAGCAUUUAAUAGAUGCCAUCUUAACAAAUGACUCUUCUCGUAUUGUCAAAUCGGGAGUUGUGCAUAUUGGAAUAAGUGAUCAUAGUGUCGUGCAUGCGGUUCGUAAAUUUGCCGUUCCAUCUAAUAAAAAACAUAAAUAUGUUUUCCUUCCUUUAAAAAGUUCGAUUGGAGCCGCUUUUAGAAAAGACCUUAAAUUAGUGCCUUGGGACACCAUUGAUAAAUGCACGACUAUCGAUGAAAUGGUUGACUGUUUUGAGAGACUUUUUCUUAACCCAUUGACUCCUGGCUAUUUUUGAGCUGAAUUUACAAAAUACAGACUGAAAACAGAUACCUCCCCCCCUAUUCUAAGUUUUAUACAGCCCGUC